CUCACAUUGCAAAAAGGAUUGACGCACCGACAAUUAAUGGAAAAUGCAGAGGAAAGAGAAUGCAGGUACCAUGCAUAUAUGUAACAUGCGUGUCCGAAGAUCAGUCAAGAGAUGACAUCUUGAGAUUCGCUGAACCUAAGAAAAUAAUUACAGACGAAACGCCCCGACAACGCCUAAAGCCAGCGGCCCCAUGAGGCGAGCCUCUAUAUUGUACAGAACCGCGUCCACUCCAAUCGUGCUCUAUCCCUUCCACCAUGGUCCCAGAUUGCCUUGGAUAUCAUAAGAGAUCAAAAGGAAACCACUAGGGACGACACCAAGAUAUCCAGCAACAUGGGCAAAAUUUAAAAGCAAGAAAAAUUGUUACUGCCAGAAUGGCCGCUCGUCUACUCGAGGGAAUCGGCAGAAGUGCGCACCUAUUGCUGCUUCUUAGCCGCAUUGGCGUCUUUGCCCGCCUCGCUUUCUUUCUUAGCCUUUGCUGGCUUGUCGGCAUCGUCAUCCUUCUUGUUGGCUUUCUUUGCGUUGACUGAGGUGUCUUUGGUGUCAUCGUCCUUCUUGGCAGCCUUGCUCUUUUCCGAGUCCGCUGCGUUUGCGCCUUUAUCCUUUUCGCUCUUAGCGAUGUCCUGGAUGGCAGCCUUAUCCUUCGCCCACUGGGUAUUGGGGUCGGCGAAAGUAUCCUUAAGUUUUUGCUCUUUGUCGGCCUUUUGCUUUUCUUCGGCCUCACGUGCAAGCCUGUCCCGUUCCAUUUCCUGUAUGACGUGACAGUUAGCAAAAAAAUG